GCUCGCGUCUCACCGACAAGGUCUUGGUCUACAGCGAGUUCCUGCGGCGCGAGCUCACCUACCGCUGCGUGGCCUACGCGCUCGACUUCGCGCGCGCCGCCUCCAUCUUCGCCGUGUGCUGCUGCGGCCGCCAGGCGCGGGCCAGAGCGCGCGCCGCGUGGACAAGAUGGCGGCCCUUGGCAAGAUGGCGGCCCUCCGGCGCGCAAGGAGCGACGGGAAGGGCAAGGGGUGCGCGAACGAAGGGGAUGGCGGGAACAGCAGGAGAGGCAUCGGUGGCGGUAAAAGCUCCCGCGGAGGGGACUGUCGAAGCAGAAUCCGUGAAGGCAUUGGCGAGAAUGACAUUGGCGACGAAGACGUCAGGAACAACAUCGGAGGCGUCUGCGAGAGCUGCAUCACCGGCGACGGCGACAGAGGAUGAAAUGACUUUAGAGAAGACUGACAGGUCGGAGAGGACGCCUGCCUCAAACGUACUUUCCACGCGUGUAUCCUCCCCGGCGCAUCUUGUGGCGUUCGUGCGCCGGUUGCCGGCGAGG